AUGAGGAUAAGGUCGUCUUCUUCCUUUGGCAUCCCUCUCAUUAUCUCCCUGCUCUUUAUUUCCACUCUAUCCUCCUAUUGCUUAACUCCCACCGCCAGCAAUCUCAUACGAACAACAUGCAAGAAAAUCACAGAUGGCAGCCCAAAUCUCAGCUACGAUUUCUGUGUAAACUCUCUGCAAGCAGCUCCCAACAGCCACAGCGCCAAAGAUCUUCGUCAACUGGGCGAUAUAUCGUUCGUACUGCUCCGUCGGAACUUAACGGAUUCGAGGUCUUACAUUGAGCAGCUUUUGAAGCACAAAAAGAUGGAGACUCCCAUGAGAAUACGCGUGCAAGGUUGCGUCCAAAUUUAUUCCCUUGCGAUCUUUAGUGCCGAAGAGGCCUUCCAACAUUACAAUGCCAAGCGAUACCGUGAUGCUAAUACCCACGUGAGUGCGGCCUCGACUUACGUCACGACUUGUGAAGACGGGUUCAGUGAAAUACCAGGCUUGGUUUCACCAUUGACCGACAUCAACAACGUUACUUCCCAAUUGUGUGAUAUUUCGAAUUCCAUUGUCACCAUGUUUUUCGAUUGA